CUACCGAUUACUUCGCAUAGCCGCAUACAUCUUUCGCGUUUUCAACAAAGUUGCCGUCAACAAUCAACUUACGCCAGCAAUGAUACUUCAUCUACCAGUUACCGAACUGGACCAGGCCUUCUGGAAAAUCGUCGCAGAUAUACAAAAGAUCGAAUUCGCUGAAGAAAUUGAAAAUCUUCGAAAACGACAGCAGGUGAAAACGUACAUACAGAAGCUGACUCCCUUUCUACAGGAAAUGGAUAUUAACGGAGUGACAGUUUCAGUACUCAGAGUCGGUGGUCGAUUGUCGAAAGCACCUAUUCCUUUCGAUGCAAAAUUUCCUGCGCUUCUUCCGAAAGAUCAUCGAUUCACAACAUUAUUCAUAGAUUACCUACACCGAAAGCACUUGCACGCUGGUCCAAAGGUUUUAAUAGGCAGACGGGGCAUACCUCAACGCAUUUACUGCGAUAACGCCACAAAUUUCGUCGGUGCCCAGGCGAAAUUGAAGGACCUUCAUCAGAACUUUUUCAAUAAAGCGGCAAUUGAUGACCUUACUAGCUACAGCACGAAGACUGGUUUCGAGUUCUGCUUCAUUCCGCCUCGCGCUCCGCAUUUUGGUGGCCUAUGGGAGGCGGCGGUAAAAUCUAUGAAAUCAAUCUUGCUCAAAAACCUGUCAAGCGCACACCUUACAUUUGAAGAGUUGCAGACCGUCGUGAUUGAAGUUGAGGCCAUCUUAAACUCUCGUCCGCUAACACCGCUUUCAAGUGACCCCAAUGAUGGAGAAGCGUUAACUCCAGCUCAUUUAUUGAUUGGAACCUCACUAUUAUCGAUGCCAGACAAAUACAUCGAUGUCAACACUGCAUCUACUUUAACGCAGUGGCAGAGGGUGACACAUUUGAAGCAGCGUUUUUGGGAACUCUGGGCUCGCGACUAUAUUCUCAGCCUACAACAACGCUCCAAGUGGUUAAAGCCGGAAGCCAACAUCGAAAUUGGACAAAUGGUCAUCAUCCAUGAAGCGAACUUGCCCCCACAGCAUUGGUCACUUGGCAGAAUUAUCGACAUCACUCCCGGUUCAGACGGCAAAGUGAGGGUUGUGGACAUCAAAACUACAAAGGGCAUCGUACGGAGAGCAGUUCAUAAAAUUGCACCUUUACCGACUUCAGAUUGAAAUGCAAGCAUUUCAAUGGGGGGAGCAUGUUUGGUCAGAUGCAUGACACUGUGCAAAUCAGAUGACCG